CCACCAAGGUGGCGAAACCCCCCCUACCUCCUAUAAACCCACAUCUCCAUCUCUAACCAACGUACUCUCUCGCACACACCUACAUCUAUCAUCAAAACACAUAACAUCAUCAGAAACAACCAUGGACGAAGAAGAUAUCCUCGCAAUCCUCUUCCUGCUCACCAUCCUCUCCCUCCCAUUAACCCUUGUCCUCCUGACAACCUCCAUAAUCGCCUACUCGCGCACCAAGAAAUGGGAUCUCGAGCGUCGUCAACGAGGCACCAAAUCCACGUCCUCGGACCCUGAAGCAUCGGCCUCUCUCCUCCCUGAGAACGAAGACGAAGAAGAAGACGACUUCCUCGAUUCUGAAGAUGAGGCUGAGGAGACGGCCCGCAAAGUCGAAGCUGAGAAGGAUAGUCACAAGACUUUCGCGCAGAUGUGGCGGAAGGAGUUCCGCAGGGUGUGGAGUGGCAAGGGCGUGAAGCGCAUUGCGGAGGAGAGGGAGAGGGCGGAGCGGAAGAAGUUGGCGAAGGCGGUUGCGAAGGAGUUGGAUCGCAGGGAGAGGAGACGCCAGCGGAAAGCGGCGGCGGCGGCGGCGGCGCAGGGCGAGAGUUUGGAGUUGGAUGUGCUGCCCAAGUACGAGAAGUAG